CUUUCACUAUAAGCAACAAAACAGUUCGUAUGGCCCUAAAUCGUCUGUUGCUCCAUAAGUUAUUUCAGUAGAAUGAAAAUAUUUUGAUUAGAGCGCGACCUGCUUGAAGGCUGGCUAACUGGCCCAACUUGUGAGCUUAUGGCUUUCAGUAGUGUAGUGGCAUUACGGUACAUUCGCUUUCUCUGCUUUCUACGCUAAAGACCAAAGUGACAUAACAAAGAGUUAGCAGAGUGCUUAUCGUUUAAUAUUCUACGGAAUUAAUCGAAAUAUUGCUUGUCGCUUAUCAGUAGUGCUUUCAAGGAGAAUUGUUCACAACUGUAUACUUGUGUAGAAUUGUAUGGGAAUUAAAAAACCCUAUACUCACAACAGCUGUAGAGAGGUAGAAAUUUACUUUGCGAAUACUAGAGAAACACGUAAGUGUUUACACUGCUGUUUCUAGGUUUUAUCAGCAGUCGCAGACGCUCUGUUUCCAGUAGUUGUGGCCAACUGGAUAGAUACAUAGGGUUAUUAUUGAAAAGCCGACAAGUGCGCUUAUAGUUCGGAAUAUUAAGUACUCUGAAUAAAAGAUAUUUUAAAUUGUACAAGCAUUAGCACAAUGAGUGACGAAUUUGAUGGGUGCGAGUGCAUCUGGAGCCAUGAGUUGGCAAUGCGUCGGUUACUAUCACUGCUCCGCAAUGGCCAAUCGUACUGCACGGAAAACGAAUGCAUUGAUUUACCUAACAUGCCAAACCAAGGUGUUAGCGAUAAUUUUUUCAUGAUGAUGUUAUUCAUGAUUUUUGCUGUGAUAUUGUACAUGAUACGGCCGGCUUCGCUGCGCAGGCGAAACGAUCUAAACAAGGCUCUUCCACCACCUUCCAAUGAUGGUCCCAAUAAUGACGGUGCUCCACCGGCUGUCAACUGAUGAGAAGCACUGCGUUCUGUUUGCUUAUCUCACAGUUUCAAAAAAGAAAUCGCACAUUAUGGCAAACGCAGGUUGCAAGCUGCCUUGCCGGAACCUAAACUAAAAUUUAAAUACGUGUUGCAGGUGCAAUGGAAAUGCCGAUGAAUCUUUGAUAUAGCGAAAAGUAAUUCUUUAUUGUAGUAGAAAUCAAAAAAAUCAGAUUUACAAUUAUGGUUAUCUUUAUUGGAAUGUUUUCUUUUUGCCCUGCAUACCCAUGUGCUAGAGCCAUCUGAAACCUAUUUUUCGCAACCAACAAUGAUCGUUACAAUUAACAACCUAAUUGCUGUUUCUCAUUUGAACUUUCAUAUGUCAACAGACAACUUACAGUGAUAAUUAUUUGAAGUAUUUCAGCACUUUUAGAUGGUGACAGGUUCAAGCACGUUAUUUUUUUAUUUUUAUUAUACAACAGCGAUUGCUAAUUAUUUUAUUUCUAAAGAAUAUCAACUAAAACAUAAUUAUUUAACCGUUAUCUUUAUAUAAUUUUAUUCUAUGGCAAUAUAUUAAAACAUCACCAACGCAAAAUAGUAAUCCACUUGAAAAAGACAAUUUAAAACAGACGAUCUUGAAAAAAAUUACAUAUGUCGCUUUCGAGGUAAUAUACCUACCCCUGAAAACGCAAUUCGCACGGGAAAGUUUGUUUUGGUGCUUUUCUUUUUAUAGUUUCUAGAUCUAUACAUAUAUGUAUUGUGCCGAUAUCAAAGUGAUGAAAUAAAUCGAAAAUAUCUUGCGUCGAAAUUCGA